AUGCAUCCAUUGACUUGGCAGCACAGCCUUUUGCCCGUCAUGGCCAUGUCGUAUCUGUUCCAGUUCCUCGACAAGUCUGCCUUGAGUUACACCGCCAUCAUGGGUCUGCGCGAUGACAUGGGACUCUCUGGCGCAGAAUAUUCCUGGGCGACAAGCAUCUACUACUUUGGGUACCUCGUCGCGUCGUACCCUGCUGGUGUUAUCAUGGUCCGGCUUCCUGUGGGCAAAGUGAUCGCGGUUUCAGUUCUUGUUUGGGGCGCCAUCCUCAUGCUGACGGCUGUCUGUUCCAAUGGUGCUGGUCUACUGGCGAACCGCAUCAUGCUCGGUGUCGCUGAAGCCGCCAUUGCUCCGGGUCUCAGCAUCAUAGUUUCCAUGUGGUACAAGCGCUCCGAGCAGCCACUCCGACACGGGGCCUGGUUUCUUGGCAACACUAUAGCUGGCAUCUUCGGCGGGAUAGUGGCCUAUGCCAUCGGCCAUAUCAACAGCAUUGCUCCGUGGAAGGCCGUCUUUCUCAUUUUCGGAGGCAUUACCACCGCAUGGUCCUUCGCCAUAUUCUUCCUGCUCCCGGAUACCCCGAUGAAAGCGCGGUUUCUGAGCGAAGCCGACCGGGUCAAAGCUAUCGAGCGCAUCGAAGAGAACAUGACGGGCAUCAAGAGUGACAAGUUCAAGUGGUACCAGUGCGUUGAGGCACUGACGGACGUCAAGGCCUGGCUCCUCUUCACGAUCCAAAUCAGCGCCCAGAUCGCCAACGGUGGCGUGCAUGGUUUCGGGUCCAUCGUGAUCAAGGGCAUGGGUUUCAGCACGCUCAACACUCUCCUUGUACAGAUGCUCAGUUCCGUGUUCCAGCUUGUCUUUGUUUUGAUGGCGACUGGCGGUAGCACGUACUUCCGCAAUAGCCGUACAUACUGGAUGGCGUGGAAUUUGGCGCUGUCGAUAGCCGGUGCGGCCAUGGUUCGACAGAUUGCAGCCGAGUCGAAAUGGGCAAGGUUUAUGGGGUACUGUCUGACGGUCGCGUACAGCGCCAAUUUCCCAAUGGUCUUGUCCAUGUCUUCGGGUAAUUUCGGCGGGUUUACCAAGAAGACGACUGUAAAUGCCAUGAUAUUUAUUGCAUAUUGUGCCGGUAACAUUAUCGGACCGCAGUUGUUUUUUGAAUGGGAAGCACCCUCAUACAAGUCUGGAUUCCUGGCCAUGCUGGUUUGCUAUGGUGUUGGUGUCUUGAUGUGCUUUGUGCUCCGGUACUAUCUCAUUUGGGAGAACAAGCGGCGAGACAGUAUUGGAGAAGUCCUCGACACAGGCGUCGGUGACCACGUGCCAUUGAACCUACUUGAUAAAACUGAUAAAGAAAUUCCUCAGUUCAGAUAUGUAUAUUAA